AUGAAUGAAGUGCAAGUUGAUAAUUACAGAGUUGUUGAAGAGACACCCGGUCAAGCUUUCAAUGGACGUAUUGCAAAAUUAUCUGAUCCGGAGUUUGUAGCUAGCUUAGGUCCCCAGGAUUUGGUCACCAUUGCGAAGCACGACUCUCAAAAGAAAACCGUCGGCUCCUUUUUUUAUGUGGCUGGACUGGACACUUCAGAUCCAGCUAGUAUUGCAGUGUGGUUGAAACAAUUGAUGGAAUGCAUUCAGGAAAAACCACAGUUAUGGUUUGGCAAGAAUGUUAAAUUCACUCUCGAAUGGAUCUCGUUCACUACUUGGAAUAUCUUCAAACAAUGUGAUAUGACUAUUAAGAUGUAUCUGCCAGGUACCUUUGAAAUAGAUUUUGUUGACAAAAAUCGUAAUAAGCUACAAUUCGACUCAGAUGAAGAUACUGAUAUGGCGUGGGCUGAAGCCUUCAUCAGUGGGAAAAUGAGAGACAUAAUGUGUAUGGUAGAGAAUAGAGAUGAUGGAGAAGUUAUCAAUGUUGUGGAGACUAGAAUUUACAACCCCUUGAUGACUGGUCAAUUGGAUUCUGUAGAUGAAAUGUUCUUCAAAUUAUUCCCGCUAUUCUUCCCUCGUGGCAUUGAGGUUGGUUGCCCGUGUAUAUACGGUAAUAUGCCUUCCACUUUAACCAAUAACUAUCUGGUGGAAACUUUAUGUGAAAUUGUUCGCUUCACAAAAUCCAUUGAUUUAUGCCUACCAAUGUUGCAUGAAUUGAAGGAAGCUUUUGGUCCACUAGUUAACAUUAUAAUUGCAAGAAUUUAUUUGACUAAUGAUAAAGAGUUAGAUGGAAUAAAAUUGAUCCAUGAUACAUUACAGGAAAUUAAGGAUCCAACCUAUCAAUGUGAAUUGUUGCUCCUACAAGCAAAAUACCUACUGAAACACGACGAUCCACUAUUAGCACUAGAAGCAAGUCAACGUGGUGUUGAUUUGACCCCGAAUGCUUUCAUGCCUUGGUUUUAUUUGGUUAAGUCUUACAUUGCGUUAGGUGAUAACAAAAACGCCUUGUUAUCGUUAAAUUCAUUACCAAUGAACCUCGCAUCCUUAGCACAAAAAUAUCAGUAUCGAAGAAUCUUGAAUACUGAUGGAAACAAUGCUACUGUUGAAUUACACCUCCCACUCCCUUUAGAUGUCGUAUUAGACGAAGUCACUAAUCUCAAUUCACUUCUAGUAAUGGAAGAACAUAAGAUUGUUAACCCCGUCUUGUACAACUUAAAGUCUGCCAAUUUGAAAAACACAUUUCAAUGGAUCUAUGAACUUCUAUGUGAAAUAGUGAAAAGUUUAGGAUGGGAGAAACUAUUACAAUUAAGAGCUGAACUAUUUUUAAUGGAAGAAGAAUAUGAUCAUCUGGACGCCACUUCCGAAACCGAAUCAGAAAAAGAAGUAACUCGGGACAUAAGAGGGAAGCGUUUAUGUGAAAGGUGGUUUGAUAAUCUCUUCAUGUUGUUAUAUGAUGAUUUAAGGGUCCAUUCUCAAUGGCAAUCCAAUGAAUUGAAGCCAGAAACAACCUUAGAGUGGGAAUUAAUUGGAUUAUGUUGCUUCCGUUUGAGACAAUUCCAAAGCGCAAAGGCUGCGUUCCAAAAUGGCCUACAGAAAAGAUUUAGCUCUCAGUCCUCAAGAAAGUUACUACAGAUUCUACUAAUGGAACGUGAAUCAAACCCUUCUGAGGAUACUGAUCUAGAAAUCAUAACUAUUUGCGUCAAGCUUUGUUGUUGGAGCCACCGUUGGUAUGCAGAAUUCUCAAUGUUACUUUUAGAUGCCAUGGCAAAAGUUGUUGAGAAUUUGGGUAUCACCAGAGUAGAGAAUGAAGUCAAUUCCAGAUUCCCAGAAUCCGUGUCUGGCCUAUUCCAUGACAAUAUUCUACGAUUUUUCCAGGAAUACAGCAACAAUUACUACGAUGAAUGA